GACUUUUUCCCUUCUUUCUUCCUGUACCAUUUAUUCCAGAGUCAGGUUGGUAUUGGACACAUUUUUUUCAUCUUCUUUUGCCUCUAGCAAACAUAGUGAACCAGAUUUGCUUUGGUAACUGCACCCAAAGAAAAACACAUGAAAGACACCACUUGAGAAAGUGGCGUCAGGUCAGGUGGUCAAGUGCCAGUAUGUCUUUUGACCAUCCACACAGACAUAUUGGACUACAUUAUUAUACUGUAGAGAGAUAGAUAACACAAUAUCAAAGCCAUUAAUAAUAGGUUGUCUUUGUCAGACAUGGUAGCUGUUGAAUAAAUUCUGUUUUCAAGUUAGAAAAAGUAGAGUUACUAACUAAACAUGCACUGUAAAAAGACACUGAUUUAUAAGUGACAAUAUGUGAAGAACCCUUACUUUUCUCUUGUUGCCGUUAUGCAAUCUUUAUCGAGGCCAGACUGCUUCAGGAUCUGAACGAGAGUUUCUCUUGAGGAAUUUUUGUAAACUGUUCCGAGAAAGUUGCACAGGUAAGGUCUGGUUGAGGUGAUUAUAUGAGCGUUCGGUCUGACCAUUGGAAACUGCCUGUAACUGCAAUGAACGAGAUUCAUUUCAAUGAACCAUGAAGAAAUGAUACAACCAAGAAAUUGAAAAAGACAUACGUAGCAACUCCAAGAGGCCACUGGAAGACAUCUCUAUCAUUGACCCAGGGGCUGUCAUACACCACAAACAGGAGAUCCACAAAUCCCCCAUUUCUCUUCAAGUACGGGCCGAUCCAGUUGUUGUUACAGUGCUCAUUGCCCAGAAGGACCACUGCCACAUGAGACACGGUGCGGGAAUAUACGAGAGCUUGAACAUGCUCUAGCCAUCUGGUGGAGUAGGCCACUUUCUGCUGCUCACGGCCAUUUAGAACCAGAACCAAGUUGUUCAUAUCCAGCGGAACAUGGCCCUGGACCACAGCAGGACCUGUGUAGAAACUAAAGACAAAUAUGUGGUAAUUUAGAUGUCCUUCUUAAGCAAUGGAGAGCACCAUUGUAAUGCAAUACCUGAAAUCAACUUUUCCAGAAUGCAGUUCUCCUUCCCGCCAUUGUGCCACUUUGUCAGUGGGGUUUAAAGGCCCCUCUAAAAUAUGUUCCCAAAGGUACAGUCCUGAUGGAAGAUUCAAAGCACAGAGAUUAUCAUUAGUUUCUGCAACCCUGCAAUCCCAGUGUUAGUAGAGAUUGGGGUCAUGAUUUUUUUUAGAUUUUAAAUUGUUUAAUCUAUUCCUAAACCUUAACUCUAGCUAUGACAUACAAGAGUAAAACACAUAGCACAACCAAUAACAUUAAUCUGACAUCACUAAGGUUCUGAAAUAUUAGGUUAACUUGUAUCCUCCAUGUUAAUAUUCAUUCUAUAUUCUACUAUAUUCUAUAUUCUACUGUGCAUUCAGCAUAGGCGGAAGACUUUUGUUUUGUUGCGAUGGCAACAAAAACAUAAACACAAUUGCUACAAAAAUCAAUAUACUUGAUAAAAAUUAGGGCUGGAUUUCAAAAUGUGAUUUAUUAACUGGUCGCACUUUUAGUGGCAUAAAAGGAUUGUGACCAUCAUAACAAACAAUUAUAUCAGUUCUUAUUCCACAACAUUUGUCAAGUGUCAUCGGAGACAAUAUCACAAAAAUCAUAUAGCUACAGCGCUUGGAAAAGGAUUCAGAAUAUUCAACUAUAUCUCACCGAUGGCGGCUUUUCCCCAGAUUUGGACCUUGUUUCUUUUGGGUUUGUUGCGUUCAAUUUUAUCCAUGUGUUUUUUAAAGGCUUCUCUUUUUCUGUUCAGUUCCGAAUUGUACUCCACCUGUUCAUCCUCCCACGGAUUCCAUUCUUCCGCAAGAAACGGUGCAGCACCGCCAUCCCCCCCUCCACCUGCAAACAAAAUGUAACGGGUGUAUUUGGGCACCACUGUCGACGCACAGACUCCCGAGCAUGACACACUGUAUAUAAUAGUAGUGGUUGAAAGUGGACUCACCUGCGGCUCCUCCGUUCUCCUUCUUCACCACUCGGUGAACACGAGAAAUCACUUUGCUGCUAAAGAAUACAUUGUACGCGGCAUACAGUGAAAACGCCACAUACGCAAAGAUUAUCAAAAGGAAAAGUUUUCUUUUCGAUAUUUUCAUUUUGAAACCUUCUUCCUUCCGUCAUGUAACCAUUGUGUAGCCAGCCUCCAUGUUUUGCCAGAGGACCCUUGUUUACACGACAGUAUAGCUGUCCUAGUAGAACGCCUGAUAGUUCGUACAGUUUUAAAUCCUAAUUAUUCGCAUUUCCUUCGUUAAUUAGAUGAACACAUUUAAGCAGCCAUCGAAAUAUUAUUUCUGUGAUGUUCAGGAUAAAUGCAUUGUGGUUUUCACGUAGUGCGGAACCAUUUGAAGCAGGGCUUGUUUCUGGUGAGGCAACUCAGCGACGCGCAUUUCAUAAGAGGCAAGGUCGCGUCCCCAGCAGCGGGAUAAAUCUCUCAAAUCUUGGACAAAAUAAUGUCGGUGGUCGGUCGUUUUGGGGCGUUAGCCCCACUUGUAAAGUCGACGAGUCACCCGGUCAGACGUCUGGUGUUAAAUGGACCAAGGGAGCUGGUUCGUGCUGCUGCCCCUGCAGGAAUCCGUCUGGCCCACACAGACAUCAAGAUCCCUGACUUCACAGAGUACCGUCGCGUCGACGUCACUGACCCCAACAAGUCCUCUCAGGAUAGCAGCGAGUCCCGACGCACCUUCUCUUACCUGCUCACAGGAGCGACUACUGUGGUUGGGGUUUAUGCAGCCAAGACGGUGGUCACUCAGUUUAUCUCCUCAAUGAGCGCAUCAGCAGACGUCCUGGCUUUGUCCAAGAUCGAGAUCAAGCUGUCUGACAUCCCAGAAGGCAAAAACAUGACCUUCAAGUGGAGAGGGAAACCGCUGUUUGUCCGUCACCGCACAGAGAAGGAAAUUGCAACUGAGGAGGCGGUGAACUUGGCAGAGCUCCGCGACCCGCAGCAUGACAAGGAUAGAGUGGUCAACCCCAGCUGGGUCAUCGUUCUGGGCGUGUGCACCCAUCUCGGAUGUGUCCCGAUUGCCAACGCUGGAGACUACGGAGGCUACUACUGUCCCUGCCACGGCUCCCACUAUGACGCCUCGGGAAGAAUCAGGAAGGGGCCGGCUCCCCUCAAUCUGGAGGUGCCCUACUACGAGUUCCCAGAUGACGACACAGUAAUUGUGGGAUAAAUGCAGGAGCUGUCUCAGCUCUUCUGAUAUGUGAGUGAGUCUACAAGGAAAGUGAGAUUGUAAAAUGGUUGUAUGUAUAAAUAAAGACAUAUUUUAUCUCU